AUGUUUCCUGAAGAAGCUCUCUUAUCAUCUGGAACUGAAACUGGAGAUCUUCUCCGACCAUUCUCUUAUGCAGGUUCGUCUCUUUCAAUCGUGAGUCGACAGGUUGUCGAGUUCUGCGUUCUUGGAACAGAUAAUCUUCCCAGGACUCUUUUGAUGUACUUCUCAAAUACUCAAUCUGGCCACUUGAACUAUUUUCCAACCGUCCUCUGUAAUUCUCACCAGUUCAACAAGACGGUCCUUAACGACAACCUACUAUAUGCCAUAGUUGACAAGCCUCCCAAAGAACAGCCCCAGUUCCUUGGCCCCUCUGAUUACGUUCUCAUGAUCGAGAGUGGAGCAGCCUUCGCAACAAGAUUUCAGUUGAACGAUCCAGUGCUCAACCGAAUUGAUACUGAGAUCUUGAACCGUGGCCCUGGACACAUCGUGCCCGGUGGGUGGUGUUUGGGGGAGCCGGGGAAUGAUACAUGUCUAGUAUGGGGAGAUGCAGAUGUAGUUAGGCCUGGUUCAGGAGCAAGAAGACUUGAAAAACGAAUUGUUGGGUUGCUUUCAAAUGGUACAUUUAGAAGGAAUAGGUGUGUAGUUGUUGAAUGA